UAACUCUAAUUUUGAAAAGGUUAUUUCCGUAACUUCGAUUAACCUAUAAAUCACCAGCCACCUUCUUCCUCUAACACCAAACCCUACUAUCUGCCGCAGCACUGCCCUUCCUCCCAUCUUCAAGGAGCUUUUAGGAUUUGCAAUGGCUCCAUCAAAGGUGGACAAACCAAAGAAGGCUGAUCCCAAAGCUCAGGCCUUGAAGACAGCCAAGGCAGUGAAGUCAGGUGGCCAAGGUAUUAAGAAGAAAUCAAAGAAGAUCAGAACAACUGUCACAUUUCACCGGCCAAAGACACUGUCGAAGGAAAGGAACCCAAAGUAUCCUCGCAUUAGUGCAACACCAAGAAACAAGUUGGACUACUAUCAAAUACUUAAAUUUCCUCUAACUACCGAGUCUGCAAUGAAGAAAAUUGAAGAUAACAAUACACUUGUUUUUAUCGUUGACCUCCGUGCUGACAAAAAGAAAAUUAAAGAUGCUGUGAAGAAAAUGUAUGACAUUCAGGCCAAGAAAGUGAACACUUUGAUCAGGCCUGAUGGUACGAAGAAAGCCUAUGUUAGGUUGACUCCAGAUUAUGAUGCAUUAGAUGUUGCCAACAAAAUCGGUAUCAUUUAAGUUGUACUGCUAAGUUGAGCAAAGUUAAUCCAUUGAUUCUAAGAUAGGAGAUAUACAUAUCCUGUGUUAGGAUUCUUUUCUAAUCCUUAUACAUUACUCUGGCGGUGUAUUCAAUUUUGAUUAUCUUUUUAAUGAAAUCAAUUUAUAUUUUGAA